GUGAUGUCUGGUGCUCACCAAUCCACAUGGUCCAUUGAGACUAGAUUGGAAGGACAACAGAUGGGAGAGUAUUUUGGAGCUUGUGUCACUUCUGUCGAUGUGAACAUUGACGGAGUGGAUGACCUGGUGUUGGUAGGAGCUCCACAACACAGCUUACAACAUUUGUCAACCAUAGACACCGGGGAACAGGGAAUUCUCUAUGUCUACAGGAAUGUUAAAGAGGGAAGACUGGAACUGACAUCAAUGGUCAUCACAGGCUCUUCAGCAGCUGGUGCUAGGUUUGCUUCAUCCGUCUCAGUCAUCGGAGACCUCAACAAAGAUGGCUAUAAUGAUGUAGCAGUAGGGGCACCUUACGAAGGAGUAGGUGCAGUCUAUAUCUACUUGGGAGGAAGACAUGGCCUAAACAGCAACUACGCUCAACGAAUCUCUGCUUCAGAUAUCAGAAGCGAUCUAAGAGGCUUUGGUUUCUCAUUGGCUUCCGGCAUUGACAUAGAUGGGAAUUCCUUCACAGAUCUAGCUGUUGGCAGUUAUGACUCUGCCAACGCAGUCAUAAUCAGGAGCUAUCCUGUCAUUGAAAUGGAGGCCUACCUAAGACCAGCUGUGAGUAAUUUGGAUGUCAACGCCAACAAUAUAACCAUCACAGCCUGUUUGGAGUAUACUAUAAAUACAAACUCUGAUCUGAUGAAUUAUGUUGAUGCAACAGCAAUUUUAAAGGCAGACCCAACACUGAAACGAGCAUUUUUUGAAUUGGGGGACCAUCUGAAGGAAACACAUAUUCGCCUUCAGAAAGACGUCACCCAUUGCUGGGAUAACUAUGUUAUACUCAAGGGAAAUCUCCUACAAAAGAUGCAACCAGUAGAAUUUUCAUUGAACUACAAAGUUGCUGACAAACCAAGUAUGAAAAAUGAGAAAAGAUUUUGCAAGCUGUGUCCUGUCACUGACCCCCUCAAGCCGACUUCUGUCCAUGUCAAAAUUCCAUUUGCUAACGGUUGCGGAGGGAAGAGUAUGUGCUUAGCGGAUUUAAGGGUGCUGGCUGAAUCUUCCACCGAAGGCCAAGCCAUUGUUUUGGGUCAAGACAAAACUAUCACAGUGGAAGUCAACAUAAUCAACAUGAAAGAACCGGCCUACCUUGUCAGAAUGUCUUUAAGCCUGCCCAAGUCAACAAGUUUGGUAAAGAUACCACAAAGAUGCUAUCAAGAAGAAGAUGAAUCCUUGGAUGACCCAGAGAUAGACCAGAUUGUUUGUGGUUUUGGAAACAUCCUAGAAACUGAUCAACUAAUUCCAGUCUCUAGAAGGACAACAAAGUUUGAAAUCGACGUAAGCAGUGUUGGUUUGGAAACCUCAAUGUUAGUUUUCAACAUAACCACUUGGAGCGCUAGUGAGGAACAAAUGCCAGCUGAUAACACUAAAAUCAUCACAGUUCCUGUCAAAUUGGUUGGUGAGAUGGAAAUAUCCGGAAAUACAAUGCAAAAACAUUUGGUCCUUUCUUCUAAAAAUGAAACAUUACCUUCAGUAAUAUCCAUUGUGCACAAGUAUCAGGUAACGAAUUUUGGUCCAAGCCCCGUUGGAGAGCUGAUGAUAAGUUCAAGUCUGCCUUUUGGUUUAUUAGUUGAUGAAUCUUUCGGAAUGAUAAUUUUUGGAGAAAACAUCAACCCUCAGCUCACAAUCAAAGGCCACACAGUGAGGUGUAGUGUCGACUACAGCACUUUGAACCUAGUUGAGAACCAAUCAAGACGUAAGCGGGAAGUAGCGGCACUAGAGUCAAACGAAGUGGAGUCUUAUCUUACUAAGAAUAUUUUCCACUUGAACUGCACGGAGGCUGGUUUGAAAACAGCUGCGUGCGCUUUGGUGACUUGUAGAACAGGACUGCUCAACUUUGGGGACACUGCGGAGAUGAAACUGCAGUUUAACAUCAACAGGACCAUGAUAGAUCUGAUUCAGCAACAGGAUGUGAUACAGAUUUCCUCAUCAGCUUCGGUGAAAAUACCUGAUGAAUAUGACAUUUACUUUGGCAAAAGGUUAAGAAUGGCUAGUGUAGCUACUGUGCUGGUGGGCAACUUUGAGGAAACUAUAUCUCCCUUAGUUCUUAUAGUUUCCGCUCUUCUAGGAUUGCUCUUGCUGGCACUUCUUGUCACAAUACUUUCUAAGACUGGCUUCUUCCAUCGAAAGUACAGAGAAGACAUGAAAACUAUGAAAACUAGAGAUGUAACCACGGAAUUUGCCUACCAGGCGUUUCUUCCAGAGUUUGAAAAUAACAUUUUCUAUUAGUAUAUAGAGAUAGAUCUAGAUAUAAGAACAUUGUGAUAUUUAUAAUUUAAGUUAAUAUUUUAAUUCCUGAAGUUGUUGUGUAUUGUAUAUUAAGUAUUAACAUUAAUAAUGCUAUUUUGUGUGUAUUAGCCUAUUAGGCCUAUUUAUCUAGAAUUGUUGCAAAUGUUUUAAGAUUGACUAUUUAUGGAAGUGCUAGGGCUAUAGAAAUAUACUUUGUAUAUACUAAGGAAUAAUGAAUGUACAUUUUAUCAGAUUAUUGUAAAAGGAACCUAAAAUAUUCUUUUGGAGUAUUUAUUUUGGUUUUGUUUUAGAUGUGUAAAAUGUGUAAUUUUACCUGCA